AUGACGUGCGAUGAACCAACCAUUUUCAAUGCUUUUGAACCUAAAUUACGUCUCUUGAGCGAUCCUCACUUUUUGUUGCUUUACGUGCCCAACGACAAAGGAACCAAAAUGAAGUUGAUUCGUCCUGCAACCGAUACGUACCAUCAAAGCCGCAUUAUAGACAAGAUCCCUGACAAGGAAGAAAAGGAACCAGCAGAGGCGUCCAUUUUGCCACACUAUGCGCUCUCUCAUAUAUGGGGUAUCUCAAAGGCUAAUUUACAUUUAUGGCAAGAGAUCGGUGACUAUGUGGAUGAUGAAAAGGGACAACCUGCUGCACCUAUUUCGAUGCGACCUGAAAAACGCGAGACUUUGCUCAAGCUACUUGAACACCAUCCUGACAGCUAUUGGUGGAUCGACGUUUUGUGCGCACGCACGGAUACCCCCUUGGAUAUUAUGGGGGAUAUUUACGCUCAAUGCUAUAAAUGCUAUGCUCUGGUUGAUUGUGAUGCAGCUGUCAUACCCGAAAUACAAAGGAUUGGUUAUAAGCAUGAAGCGGUGCGAUUUCCAAGCGAAAGAAUACUUAGCAGCCUUCCAUCUGAAGUUGAUGUUUGGAAAGCGUUCAUCAAUUGUAAAUGGUGGCAGCGUGUAUGGACAUGGCAGGAAAUGGCGCUUCCUAAGGAAUUGGUGUUUAUAGCUGAAACUGCCAACGACAUGACCAAUGACAACAUGGUGGAGAUGUCCGAGCUAUUUUACUUUGGGGUAAACUUCCAUAAUAUACUAUCCCACGUGGAUGGUACGGAGGAAGGCGAUGAAGCUAUAAAGAGUUGGAACAAUGGGCCCUUUCAGUGGAUGUAUGAAGUAGGAGCUUCCCGGAGCUGCUACCGACCAUCUGCCCAUCACAUAGAAGACAUUAUAGCGAAUAGAAAGACAUUUCUCUUGGUCAAUGCGUUCUCAAAAUCAUCUCGGCAAUGCAUGGAUCCGGUUGAUUAUGUGUAUGGUGUAUUAGGCGUAUUCGAGUUCCAUAUCCCAAGAAACAUUGAACCCAAUCAAGUUUGGCAGCUUUUCUUAUCCAACCUGGAAAAAACGAUUGGUUGGUCUUGGUACCGGAUAAGUCGUCGUGCACGUCAUUUUGAUCUUGAGUCUGCUCGCAAUAUGGCUCAUGUAUAUCAAGGUUUAGUGAAAGAUAGACGCCAUAGCAUUCAUUGUAUUCUUAGUUGA